AUGGCGUCGAACGCGAGCGCGGCGUCGGUGACGACGCAGGCGAAACUUGUCUUACUCGGGGACAUGGGAGCCGGGAAAUCAUCCUUAGUGCUUCGCUUCGUCAAGGGGCAGUUCCAUGAGUACCAAGAGAGCACGAUCGGCGCCGCUUUCCUCACGCAGACGGUGUGCGUGGACGAUCGAACGAUCAAGUUUGAAAUCUGGGAUACCGCAGGACAGGAGCGGUAUCACUCGCUGGCGCCGAUGUACUACCGAGGCGCGGCCGCGGCGAUCAUCGUGUACGACAUUCAGAGCCAGUCGAGCUUCGCCAGGGCGAAGUCAUGGGUGAGGGAGCUGCAAAAGCAAGGGAACGCGUCGCUCGUCAUGGCGCUCGCCGGGAACAAGUGCGACAUGGAGGAGAAACGCGAGGUCCAGGCGGAGGAAGCGGAGGCGUACGCCGCAGAAAACGGGUUGUUCUUCAUGGAAACGUCGGCGAAGGCGGCGGUGAACGUCACGGAGCUGUUUCACGAGAUCGCGGUAAAGCUGCCGAGAGCGCCAGCGCCGACGGCGCCGGGAGUUGUCUUGACAAACCAAAAUCGCGCGCCGAAGAAUAGUCAGUGCUGUUAG